AAAUGGAGUAACUAUUUAUUGGUGUGUGUGUGUUUUUUUUCCACACACAGUGUUCAAUUAAUUUUUUUUUUAGUAAAUUUAUAACCAAACAUUUACUGCAAAAUGGCUACCAGCUGCAGAUUGUCCAUCCUUGCUAGGAAAUUCUCAUCAUCCUCAGCCACAGGCCAGUUAGUCAAGACACCAAUUCAAGUAUUUGGAAUUGAUGGACGAUAUGCAUCAGCCCUAUUUUCAGCAGCAAGUAAACAAUCUUCCCUCGAUGCUGUCGAGAAAGACCUUGUCAAAGUUCAGGGACUCAUGAAGUCAGACACUAAAUUGAUGGAUUACUUGAAAGAUCCAUCAAUCAAACGUAAAGCUAAAUCAGAAGGUUUUAAAGCAGUUGGUACAAAAUUAAAUUUCAAUGCUUCAACAACAAAUCUUUUACAACUUUUGGCUGAAAAUGGACGUCUUGAUAUGCUCAAUCAAGUUAUCAAUUCAUUCAAGCAAAUAAUGGCUGCAAAUAGAGGUGAAGUUGUGUGUCAAGUUACAACAGCUAAAACACUUGAUCCUGAAAGUAAAGCUAAACUUGAAUCAACCCUCAAAAUGUUCCUCAAAAAAGGACAAACAAUUCUUCUCACUGCAAAUGUUGAUCCAGCAAUAAUUGGUGGUAUGAUUGUCUCAAUUGGUGAUAGAUAUGUCGACAUGAGCAUUGCAAGUAAAGUUAAAAAAUACUCUGACAUUAUCAAAACAGCUGUUUAAAUUAAAUAUUUAAAUUAAAAAUAGAUGAUGGAUAUUUUUUUUUCCUUUUUUUCUUUUUAAUUAUACAAAAUUAAUUUACAAUGAUAAUGUUAUUUGAAUAUUUUAUUGUUUGUAGUAACGUAAUGUAUACUGUGCAUUUCGUUUGAGCUAAAAUCUCCAACUCAAUGGAAUAAAAUUAA